GCAAAAUCAAUUUUCCUGUUUGUUGACAGUUGUCAUUUAGUUAAGUCAAAUUUGGUUAAAUUUAAAAACGAUGGAUGAAAAUUCGCAAAAUAGUGUAUAUAAUCUAAUCACAAACUUGUGUGAAACAUUUUCUUAUGAUCAAACUGUAGUUAAGAAACUUCGAUCAAAAGCCUACGAAAUUUUGUUGAAAAAGACAAGCCACAAUUCAACAAGUCAGAGACAUUUCAAAGGCCUCGAUCCUUACAGUAAUUUAUUAGCAUGGCAAUUUACACUGGCAACAAAGUACAAUUUAGUAGAACACAGUUUAAAAUUGAAGGAAUGUGGGGAGUAUGUCCAAAACUAUUAUGAUGAACACAUAAUUCAGUUUUUGUUAUGUUUGCGGAAUGUUCCGGUUGAAAAAGAUGAUUCUGUGGAUUUUGAGCUACCUUUUGAUAUUAAAAGUUUAUAUAAAAUGCCAUCAACAUCUAAAAGCGAUUGUUCAGAUACGCUUAUAGACAUUGCUGAUAGCUGUUCAUCAGCAGAUGUGUGGGCUGAGGCAUCGAAACUAACAUUUAGCAACAGGAAAAAUUGGGAGGAUUUUGGACAUUCUGAACCUGAUAAGGAAAAACCGUUUUUGUGCGAAUUAGGGGAAUUGUCUCAUUUAUGGGUCGAAAAUUUACCUUCUGUUUAUUUCUCAUGCGUUUUGCAAGAUGAUAUUACUGUUGAACCACUUCUCUAACACAACACAACAGUUCAGUUAUUUGGACUUUUUAAUUCUUAAAAACACUAUACCGCAGAAGUAGUAUAUAAAUUGUUACUUCUGGGCCAGGACAUUUGGCGUCUUAAAAAACAAGGCAAAAUCUUACAAAUUUAGCUGUUUGCCCAAAAGCAAAUAACCGAAUAGGGCCCAAAACCUCUCAAAAAUUAUUAAUUUUUAUCCACCCCAAAAGUUCCCAAAUAUGUGUAGACCACCAAAGAUUGGGCACACGAAAAAACCGUUAAAAUCUCCCAAAAUCAUGUAAAAUUAUCUCACGAGCACUCUAAAAAACUCACAACAUACCGUGUUUUUAGACACUCCAAAAUGGCUUUUUAUUUCUGGACCAGACCAAUUGGCGCAUGCAAAAAAAAGAGAAAGACAACACCAAAUCAAAGAGGUAUAUUUGGCGCCUUACAAACUAAUGUAGUGAAAUUCYUUUAAAAAUCAUAAUUUUUUAUGCUCCCAAAAAAUACUCGAAACUCAAUAGACCACCAGAAAAUGGGCACAUGGGAAAAUCAUCCAAAAUCAAACAAAAUAACAUUAAAAGCACCCAAAAAACCUUACAACAUUUCUUGUUUUGAGACACCCCACUUCUGGAGAAAGGAUUGGCACAUGCAAAAAAUUCACCGGUCGGUGUGGCGACCAGUAAUAAUAUUAAACAAAUAAAAGCUCUUGUUUUUAAA